AAUGCGCGUAUCCUUCGAUUUACGGCACCGAUCUUGUAAUGAAAAACUUCGACCAUUUUAGUGAAGCGUGCAAGGCGUAUGUGUUAAAUAACUCAACGUGACAUUAUAUGGUAUUAUGGGUCCCAAAAAGAAUAUGUGUGUGUUUCGUGGUGCAGCGAAAAGCUAUUUAGAAUCAAACUUUGCAUUGUCUUUGCAAGUAGAAAACAAUUGUAAAAAUGGGCAUAUUCUGUUUGUAUUCGUUAGCAAUAAUGAAUCACAUCAAUUAACUAUUGAGCAGGUCAAUAAACUUUAUGGCUUCAAUAUUUGUUACAGUCAUACUAAACUUCUUGUUAAUGUAUCAAAAAAAUGGGCUUGCAAUUUUUUGAGAGAUUCAAAACAUUUUGUUGACUUCUGCAACGAGCCUUUUAUUUGUCAAGCAGCAACAUUUCCAGCAACAGAUUCAUUUCAGUCAAGUCCAAGUUCAAGUAAAACUCUUUUGUAUUUGUCAGUUGCCUCAUCUCCUAAACAUAAAAGUAUUUUGUCUUCACCUAACAAAAAAAGUCCUUUGUUAUCCAGGUUAAGAGCUGACCAGUUGACUCCAAGAAAAAAACUCUUAAAACAUAGAUUAAGUGUUUUUGCUACUGAAAUUGCUACCGAAAAACGAAAGCAUAGAGAGGAUGUAAAGGUGUUGAAAGAAAAAUUUAAAACAAGGCCAAGAUUUAAACAUCUCAAUGAGACUAUUGCUCGCAAAGAAAAGACAAUUCGAAGUUUGCGGAAUAAAUUAAAAGUUCAAUGUAUAAACUUACAGCUGAAUUAA